AUGGCAGCAUCAUUUACGAAAUCCCCCACUGAGGGGAAGCCCGGUCGGCAGUACCCCGUGCUCUCGCGGCGUGAGAUCGAGGCCAUGAUCGCCGAGGGCGCUCACGUCUUCAUCCUGGACCAGUACGUCGUCAAGGCAGACGCCUGGAUCAAGUACCAUCCGGGAGGAGACAAGGCCAUUCAGCAUGUGGUGGGGAGGGAUGCGACGGAUGAGAUUCAUGUGAUUCACUCGCCUGAGGCCCGUCGCAUGAUGGAUAGGUAUAGAAUCGGAAGGAUCGAGGGCCGCUGGAAGAACUUCCUACCGCCCAUUCAGGGGGGAAAGUUUAGGCCUCGGGGUGUGGAGAGCGAAGAAGAGUACCAGCCACAGAAGCCUGUUAAGGAAAAUGCUUCGCCGGCAUCGAGUGGCCCUAGCUCGAGGUCGCCUUCACCUGUGUUUGACCAGGAAGAGGCUGAAGGGGGUCUCCGCAAGCGCCGGCCCGAGAUCGCGAGGGUAGACUCGGUCACGUCGCUCUCUUCGGGAGAUGAUGCAGAAGACAAGCCGUCUGACGGCAUGGCACAUCUAGAUGCUCUAACUAGACAGCAGAUCAAGCUGGACCUGUCCAUCUACCCGCCCCUUGACCCGGCCACGCAAGACUUCAUCGUGGAGAAGUACCGACAGCUCAACGAGCGCAUCAAGGCCGAGGGUCUUUAUGACUGCAACUACUGGGCCUACGCGAUCGAGUGUACGCGCUAUGCCAUCUUCUUCUCGCUGUCGAUGUUCUUCCUGUGGCACAAGUGGUACUUCUUCAGCGCCGUUUUCCUCGGCGUCUUCUGGCAUCAGCUGGUCUUCACAGCACACGAUGCAGGCCACAUGGGCAUCACGCACAACUUCCAGGUUGACACGGUCAUCGGCAUCAUCAUCGCCGACUUCCUGGGCGGGCUGUCGCUGGGCUGGUGGAAGCGCAACCAUAACGUGCACCACAUCGUCACCAACUCGCCCGAGCACGACCCGGAUAUCGAGCACAUGCCCUUCUUUGCCAUCUCGCACCGUUUCCUACAGAACCUGUACUCAACCUACUACGAGAAGGUCAUGAAAUUUGACGCCGCCGCCAAGUUUUUCAUCUCCCUCCAGCACCGCCUGUACUACAUCAUCCUGCUCUUCGGCCGCUUCAACCUCUACCGCCUCUCGUGGAUGUACAUCCUCGGCGGGCAGGGCCCGCGCAAGGGUAUCGCGGCCUGGCAUCGCUGGCUCGAGCUAGCCGGACAGGUCUUCUUCUGGUACUGGUUCGGCUACGGCAUUUUGUACCGCAGUAUCGACAACAACGCCUCGCGCCUGAUGUACCUGAUCGUCAGCCACUUUGUCACGACGCCGGUGCACGUCCAAAUCACACUCUCCCACUUCGCCAUGAGCACGGCCGACCUGGGCGUCGACGAGUCCUUCCCGCAGCGCAUGCUACGCACGACCAUGGACGUCGAUUGCCCCGAAUGGCUCGACUUCUUUCACGGCGGCCUGCAGUUCCAGGCCAUCCAUCACCUGUUCCCCCGCAUCCCCAGGCAUAACCUGCGCAAGACGCAGCGCCUGGUGCAAGAGUUUUGCAAUGAAGUUGGCAUUCCGUACGCGCUGUACGGGUUUGUGGAUGGGAAUAAGAAGGUCAUUGGGACGCUGGCUGAGGUCGCCAGACAGGCGGCUAUUCUGAAGAAGUGCCAGACUAUGUUAGCUAGGGGAGAGCUUGGUCAUGCGCAUUAA